AUGGACGGCGAACGUCGACAGGACGGAGUGGCCCGCAAUCAUGUCGUCAACCAGCGACCAACCCUGUACUCAGACGAUUACACUAGCGAUAGCGAGGAGGAGGACUACGAAUACGACGAUAACCACGAUGUUGCUGUGCGCUCUCGCCAGAGUAGUGAUGCCGUCGGCGGUGCACACGAUCAUCCUCCUGAUCUUGGUGACGUGGCUUACACCGGGAAAAGAAGAGCGAUCGGUGGCUUGUCUGCCCAGCAUGCAGCGAUACGACCUAGGAAAGAACAUGAAAGUGAUGGUGCAUGCAUUGCUAAGCCAGCCAGAGAAAUUCGGAAGGCUCCACGGCGCUCCACAAAGCAUAGGUCUAAGGCACCGCCUGGUGGAGAAGUGGGACAAGAGCAUGGUUUCACAGCACAAAUACCCGGAGACUCGGUGGAAUGGGAAUUCCUGUAUGCACGGCAGCAGGAGCGCGAUGGCCAGGCAUCGACUCCUUUCAAACUGGAGAACGGAGACGUAGCACCAUGGCUGGACGAGCGAGAAUGGGCAAGAAGGCAGCUCCUGUCGUUUGACAAUCUAUCCAAGCUGUCUAUCUCUAAUGCAGCGACGGCAGGAACAGCUGCACAAGAGCCCGUGAUUGAUGGCAACAAGCACAUUACCAACAAGUUGGGCAACAAGAGAACAGAAUCGGAGAAGACGGCGUCGCCGACAAGUGAGAUAUUAACGAGUUCUACACCGUCCAGCAGUGGUACUCCAGCUCCUAGCAGACUAGCGUCGGUUCAACCGAAAACUCAACGUCUUCUCGAGGUGCGAAAGGGAUUCGUUCCGCAUCGAGAGACGCAAUGGGAGAGCACGCUGUUCCGGAAGGAGGCUUACGAAAAGUGGGCUGAGUUCGCCUUGCGUCGUUUUAUAAAUCGUUUGGAGCCGCUGGAACGGAAGGAACUGCGAACAUCGAAGAACGACGAGGUGUACUUUGUCGGGGAUAUGGCAAUCAAGUAUCGGCCAUCGUACAGUGCAGCACGAGAUGGAAAUAACAAAGGUUAUGAUGACUACGAGGGACACUAUCUGGGCAUUGUGCCACGUGAUCACAUCAACUAUCGCUAUGAGGUAAUCAGGUUCCUGGGAAGUGGAGCGUUCGGUCAAGUGGUAAAGUGUUUCGACCACAAAGUCGGCAAGAUGGUGGCACUGAAGGUGGUGCGCAACGAUGACGAGUCCAAGAAGCAGCUGAUGCAGGAGGUGACCAUCCUGGAGGAGCUGAAGAACAGCACCGGCGAUGUAGCCACUAACGUUAUGGCAACCUGUGUGUGCCUGCUGGAGCACUUUGAGUUCCGCGGACACAUCUGCCUGGUCUUCGAGCUGCUCAACACCAAUCUGCAAAAGAUGCUAGCUGACUAUGGACAACAAGGCUUACCAAUGGCCAAGGUGCGCUCGUUCACAACUGACCUUCUCAGAUGUGUGUCUAGCCUGAACAAGUUACAAAUCAUCCAUUGCGACUUGAAACCAGAAAACAUCAUGGUGGGAGGUCAAAGCGGCAAGCAGUCACUCAAGGUUAUAGACUUUGGCAUCAGUUGUUUUGAAAGGAGUCCAUUGUAUAGCUAUCUGCAAUCCCGCUACUAUCGUGCACCUGAAGUCAUCCUCGGUGCCAAGUAUGGGCGUAUGAUCGACAUCUGGAGUCUUGGCUGCAUAGCGGCGGAGAUGGUCAACGGCAGUCCUCUGUUCCCCGGAGACAAUGAGGAGGAGAUGAUGGCCAUGAUCAUGGAAUGUAUCGGUGUACCUCCGCGUUACUUGAUCAAGACCGGCCACCGCGCGGACGGCCACUUUGACGACGCCUGCAGACCGCUGUAUCGCAAGACGCGCGGCAAGCAGGGCCAUGAGCUGGAGCCCGGGUACAUGAGCAACGACAUGUACUACGGAGCACCGGCCUCCAGGAGUUUGCUCAGCUUGAUUAAGACCAAGGAUGCUCAGUUCUGUGACUUCAUCACCAAGAUGCUGGUGUGGUGGCCCCACGAGAGAUUAAGUGCCGACGAUGCACUGCAACAUCCCUUCAUAACCGGCGUCAAGCCAGAGCCUGCCAAGAAGGCCAAGCAAGCAAUGCCUGCCAUUGCAAAGCCAUCAAAGGGUUGCUACGUGGAGCCUGGCAAAGUCCUGCCUCAGCAGCUGCUGCAAGGAGUCGGUGCGAUCAUGAAGCGCACGCCCGUACAGGAGCGCGCCAUAAACAUUCACGAAUGCCAGAAGAGACGAGAAGAGCCCAAGCAACAGCGACCGCCAAGGAUGACCAAUAUGAGCUUGGCGAGCAGCAAUAUUCCGACGUACUGGCAGAAGAACACCCUCUCUCCCAGUCAUGUGAACCCGCGUGUACUGAUGGCCAGCUGUGCCAGGGGACCGCCGAAACUUGCUCUGCGAUCGGUGCCGCCGUCGCAUGGUGCACCUAGUAAUUGCCUGAAGCGAGCGAAAGACCGCAAUGCCGAAAGGAUGGCAAAGUAUGGAAUGAGACCUGGAGCAGCAGGUGCACCCACACUCGUACCUGCACCAAACAUGCGGAAGAUCAAAACGGCGCACCGGAAAGCAGCGGAGGCGCUGGGUAAGCAGCAGAGUGGCCGCGCCGGCACAACGAAGCAAAACAGUCACGUGUUGAGUGCAUUGAAGACGCAUGUGCAGAACGCGCACAUCUUGCCAGAGUCCGUGGAGACCAAGUGGAGAGGCGAGUUCAUACUGAACAGACCCAGGACGGUACACGAUGUUUUCAGUGGUAAAUAAA